CAUUGUUUUUGGUCUUUUUUAUGCUCUUUCAAGAAACCCAGUAAAGGAUCAACUUCCAUGAAUGGCUCCUACAAAGUAAUCAUGGUCCCUGCCAAUCGGAAACUACGAGGUGUUUUUGAAUUUCAGAGAACCUGACACUCGUGAUGAGAUCACUGUGAUGUCUCAAAGAGCUUGCCAAGAUUGUUAAACACCAAGAGAAAAAUGGAUCCCAGUGAUGUCCGCCAUCGAAGUGGACCUUACCAAAUGGCAUUUCAACAACACGAGCAGAAGAAUGUUGACAAAGAGACCGUAGGAAUCUGGAAAGAGGGCUCUAAAAAAAGGUUGGAGCUUUAGCAGGAUGGCAAGUCAAAAGCAAAAACGAGUAUGUUAACUCAUCCUCGCAUUUUGUUGUAGAUCUUCACUCUCACUCACUGAUUCGUUUGAUCCCAUUUUGUUUGUUGCUUAAUUCCUUUGAUCUUCUUCAACCCUUUUCUUACUGAUUUAGACGAUGCAGCUUCUUGGUUGAUGCACGAGAAAAAAAAAUGAAAGAAAAUGGUGGUAUAAUUAGUUUGCAGAAGAAAGCUCAUUUCUGACAUUUUGAGAGUGGACAUUGUCGAAUGCUUUUCUGACGUUAGUCAAGGAGUCAGAAUUAUAAAAGAUAGAAUUUCUCAGGUCAAAGCUCUUGUAGUUCUUGAUGAUGUGGAUGAGGGGUUUAAGGUUGAAAACAUAUUGGGAAGAUUGAGGACUUCAUUUCCGGAACUAGAUUCAUCGUCACUUCUAGAGACAAAAAUGUCCUGCGUAAAGUGACUGAAGAAUCCACGUUAUAUGAAGUUCAAGAAAUGAGCAAUACAAGCAUGUAUGAACAUUUUUGGUUUGGAUUUCCCCCCUCCUUUGGUCAUUCGAUAUCCUGUGUUCUUUUUUUUUUCCUUAGGGAACAGACCGAGUUGAGGGCAUUAGAAUACACAGUGACUCUUAUAUGAAAAUGGAAUAGCCUGGAGUUUCAAAAGAAUGUUUCAUUAUGUUAUCACAGUUGAGAUACUUGGACAUAAAUGCUAGGAUGCUCAUUGACGACUUCGAUAAUUACAUUCCAAAUUUAAGAUGGCUUCGACUGAAGACGAUAGAUGGUGGAUGGAUGCCUAAGUUUAGUGUGGAACACUUGGUGAUUCUUGAAGUCUCGAGCGUCAUGAGCUGUGUGAGAUAUAAGUUGGGAGCUUUGAGGCAUAUCAAGGUAUGGGUAUUACCUAAAAACACCUUAACAUAACGUGAAGUGCGCUUGUUGAGUUCUUGAUCAAUUCUUGGGGGAAUGGGAUUGGCAACGACUUAAUCGGCCUUCGAUUGUUCUCUCUUUGGUUGUAGUGACUUAGACGAGACAACAGAAAAUAUUCUUCACGCUUCCAUGAAGACAAAAGGAAUCUGGGAUUUCUUCCAAAACAAAUUGGUGACAUUAGAAGGGGCCACUGAUUUCCAGAGCUGGUUGACCACUAGUCUUAAUGAUCUUAACAAUGGAAUUGAGUUUGCCGUCAUUUGUUGGCUAUGUGGAAGCAUUGAAAUGAAGAAGCUCGUGAAAUUUAUUCUGGAUCAAGGCCAAAGACCGAUUACGCAUCACACGACAAACACAGUUCCGCUUUGCGAAAAAUAGUCGCUCCAGAAAACCGGAUAUAUGUGAACACACACAUUAUGUGAAAUCCCUCAACAAAAUGUUGGAUCCAGGUCCAAACUGAUGGUUCGGUCAGUAACAGGAGGUCUUCUUAGGGAUCAUCUUGGUCAAUGUAUAUAGGCUUUUGUAUGCAACCUAGGCACUUUAUCCAUCACCAGGACGCGACCAAAUAGUUGUUUCUUUUUAUCAGUUUGUCGCUGUAUAGAAUAGUGAUAAUUUCACCGGACCAAGUAUAAUACGGUCCGGUCCUUGGUCCCCAUUAGUUUUAUAAUUACUGAAGAAAUGAUGGAUUGAACUGGUAUUUGAACCGUAAUGAACCGGACCAAAUGGACUGAAUGCAAUGAUGAUCUGGUCCAAACGGAACCUUCCCUAUUUCCCUAAAAUCGAGCUUGAAUAUAUGAUAUAAUGGAUUCAUUUCGUUCUAUUUCUUUAUUAUCUUUUCUUUAUUACGCCUACCAAAUCACUGAGCUGAGCUAUUCGGACCGAACCGUUGCACAACCCUAUUACGUCCAUUCACAUUUAUUUCCAAGCGGGAAAGGUAAACCUCAAAACAACCUCACCAAUCAAUUUUCUAUUCAAAAUAAAAAGGGCGAGAAACAGUAAGAAAAAACACCUCAAUUAAAAGUUUGCCAUCACAAAUCCAACGAGAUGAAAAACAAUCAUCAUAAUCACCUUCUCCUUGGCCGGAGAUUGACAAAGGAAACCAAAAGAAAGGUUAUUUCAGACACAUUCUUCAAAUUGCCUUGGGGAAGAGAAGAGAGUGGGAGACGCCGGCAGGAAGGCGCCGGCGUGACGUUGUCACGACAUCCACCGCCGGCCGGAGGAACCCAACUCAAACAACGUUAAAGCAACAACCUGUGUACCUGGUUCGUCAAUUCCUACGACUGAUCUAGUAAUCCUCGUAAAUUUCAAAAUGUUUAUUCAUAUUGAUUGUACAUUUUCAAAAUGAUAAUUGUUCUUAUUGGUAUUUAUUGCGAUAAUAUUGGAGGAUAAUCUAGUUGGGUUGAACGGUUAAUAUUACUGGAAGAUUUGAAUUUGUACAAAGUAGUCACUUGUAAUGGGAGGUGGUGGAGGAGGUAAGGGAGGAAGAGAGACGGUGAACGAAACGACGAGGGGAAAAAAGGAGCAAAGAAUUCAAUGACCUGAAGUUAUUGAUGUUCUCUUAUCGUAGGUAAAAUUAUGACCUCUUGUCAAUUAACCUUUGACUAUAAGAUUAUUACUUGUUCCAUUUCUAUCUAGCAAAAUCAAAAUUUCGUGUUAAAAUUGUCAUUUCAAAAGGUUUGUACAACAAGUUCCGAUAAGUGUACAAUUCAUUCCUUCUAAUGAUAUUCACACGAAAUUUUCUUCUUAAUUUUACUAACUCAUAAUUGAAUAACUUUAUCUCUUUCAACACAAAUACCAAAUAUACCCAAUUAAGAUUAGAAUGAACAUGAUUGAGUCUACAACAUUUUCUUAUUUGAUUUUAUCUUUCUUGCUCCUUAAUUUUCUUUCUAAUCCUAUAAUGGUAACCUAGUUUAAUAUCAGUUUGAUCUAGGAUUAUGUUGAAUUGAUUUCCAAAUUGGCUCAUCCAAAUUAUACAUAAAUUUAUUCUUGAAACAUGUAUUCUAGUUUUUUUUUUUUUUUACAUACCUAAGAAAAAAAAGUCGAUACAUCUUCUGAUAUGAUAUCGAUAAUUUUGCAAAUGUUAAUACCAAACAUUUCCCUCGUAACUCGUUAGGAUUUAGGGGAUUAGUUUUGAAAAACAUAGUCGGAAUAUCCAUAUUGAUACAAUAGAUUGAGCUAAUCCUCUCCCAACUUCCUACAAAUCUUAUUAUUUAUUCUUGAACAAAAGUUGCCAAUUUUAUAUGUCUACCCAAUAUUAACAAGCUCACCUAUGCUUACAUUUCUUUGUUGGUUAACUCUUAAAACAUAUAUAAUAGAAGAAAACAAACAAAGCAUUGGCUUCUUCUAAAUGACUUCAAAUUUAGCACUUCCCUUUUACAAUGUUGUGUCAUGACUCAUGACAUAACACAUUGACAAACUCAAAAUCUCCCCACCUUUUCGAUUCUGUUAUUAUAAGAGAAAGGAGAAAAUAAAUAAAGAUCUUGCUGUGUUGCUACUCCAAAGACCAACUCCUACAAACCAAACCCUCAAAAAGAGGAGGAAGGAAAAGGGUCAUUUUCCAAUGUAGAAGCCCUGUUUGUGUCACAAGAACCUCUUCAUGUGUAGGCAAAGCUAUGUAACACCAAACCCUCUAGACACAUAUACAAAUAACAAAGACCAGAAAAUCAAACUAAAAACAGAAAACCCAUGAGGAAAGUUCCAAUCUUUUUUCUCUUUUUUCUUUGUGACAUUUUGCUGUCUCUAUUCUUCAUAAUAUGUGUAUGUUGAUGGAUGGUAUAGGUUUGAAUGUCACAACUUCCCUCCCCCACCUUCAGUCCUAAGCCAAGGCAGCUUCUAAGUCUCAAGUCUCUUUCAGUUUAACAACCCCCUUCCUCCCAUUCCUCUCCUGCAAAUUCCUAAUAUAUACACACAGCAGUUCAAACAUUACAUGUAUGCAUCAUUACUCAAUUAUAGCUCAUUUACUAAGCAAGUUUAGGUAACUGAUAGGUACAUUCAACUCUUAUAUCCCAAAACCAUUUCCCCUCUUCCAUCUCUAACUUCCCUUAUUCUGCUGCCCAUUCCCAUUCCCCAGCUGCUGAUCAUCUCAGAGUGGAAAGCAGCAGAAGAAGAGGAAAUUUAAGAAGAAAAAAGGAAAGAGCAGCUAGCUACCUGGUCUGGCUGCAGCAACGUACAUCGCGGUCUCAUUUCAUUCAAAAUGCAACUCCACAUAUCUCCGAGCUUGAGGCAUGUCACAGUGCUUCAAGGGAAAGGUGUUAGAGAGCUCAUCCAAGUCAAAGUUGGAGGCAAGAAGGUUUCGUAUCGAAUGAUCUUGUAUUCGCUUCUCUUCUUCACCUUCCUCCUGCGGUUCGUGUUUGUCCUCUCCACCGUCGACUCCAUUGAUGGCGAAACCAGGUGCUCCUCUCUUGGUUGCUUGGGGAAAAGAAUAGGGCCAAGGUUACUAGGAAGAAGGAUGGACCAAUCUGUUCCUGAAGUAAUGUACAGAGUACUAGAACAACCCAUUGACAAGGAUGAACUACAAGGAAGAACAGAUAUUCCUCAAACACUGGAAGAGUUCAUGGCUGAAGUCAAAGAUUCCGGAUUUGAUGCCAGAACUUUUGCUCUCAAGCUCAGAGAAAUGGUUUCACUAAUGGAAGAAAGGACGAGAACAGCGAAGAUCCAAGAGUAUCUGUACAGGCAUGUGGCAUCAAGUAGCAUACCGAAACAGCUCCAUUGCCUAGCCUUGAGGCUGGCGAAUGAGCACUCCACGAAUGCAGCCGCCAGGCUUCAACUCCCUUCAGCUGAGCUAGUGCCUGCUCUUGUUGAUAACUCUUACUACCAUUUUGUACUUGCUUCAGACAAUGUCCUUGCAGCAGCUGUGGUUGCCACAUCCAUAGUCCAUAACUCAUUGAGGCCACACAAGUUUGUGAUCCACAUCAUAACAGACAGAAAAACUUACUACCCAAUGCAAGCCUGGUUCUCCUUGCACCCUCUAUCUCCUGCGAUAGUUGAGGUCAAGGCGCUGCACCAUUUCGAUUGGUUCUCAAAGGGCAAAGUUCCUGUCCUUGAGGCAAUGGAGAAAGAUCAGAAGGUGAGGUCACAGUUCAGAGGUGGGUCUUCUGCAAUCAUUGCGAAUAACACCGAUAAACCUAAGGUGAUCGCUGCCAAGCUCCAAGCUCUUAGCCCCAAGUACAACUCCAUGAUGAAUCAUAUCAGGAUUCAUCUGCCCGAGCUUUUCCCAAGCUUGAACAAGUUGGUGUUCCUAGACGAUGACAUUGUGGUACAGACCGAUCUUUCGCCACUUUGGGACAUCGAUCUGAAUGGGAAAGUGAAUGGAGCUGUGGAGACAUGCAGAGGGGAAGACAAGUAUGUAAUGUCUAAGAAGUUGAAGAACUACUUGAACUUCUCACAUCCUUUGAUAGCUCAGCAUUUCAACCCUGAAGAGUGUGCUUGGGCAUAUGGAAUGAACAUCUUCGAUCUAGAGGCUUGGAGAAAGACCAACAUCAGUAACACCUACCAUCAAUGGCUUGAACAGAACCUGAAAUCAGACCUCAGCCUGUGGCAGCUGGGAACACUACCACCAGGGCUAAUCGCAUUCCAUGGCCAUGUCCAAGCCAUCGAUCCAUUCUGGCACAUGCUAGGGUUAGGGUACCAAGAGAAUACCAGUUAUGAGGAUGCUGAGAGUGCUGGUGUUAUCCAUUUCAAUGGAAGAGCAAAACCAUGGCUAGACAUAGCUUUCCCUCAGCUCAGGCCAUUAUGGGCCAAGUACGUUGACUUCUCUGAUAAAUUCGUCAAGAGUUGUCACAUUAGAGCAGCUUAAGAACUUGGCCAAAUGGAAAAGGCCAAUCACAGCUCACACGCCUACAAGGAAAGAUGACGAUCGCUCUUUCUGCUUUGUAUAUGAAGGAGAAGACUACAAGUGGAUGAUGAAGAGGAGCAAAAAAAGAGGUUCAUAUCGC